AUGGAUUCGCCAGUUGCCAUAGAGAAUGGCUAUAAGAAGUGUAUGAGUUGGAGAUGGGGGAUUCCAAACCUUAUUCUUUUUCUUAUCCCUCCCAACAAAAAAAAAUUCUUAAGAAAUUAUAAUUCUCUAUUACAAGAAGAAGAUAUGGCUAGCCUUUCAGAAGAAAUGGAGAUCGAAGUCUUAUCUCGUUUACCCGUAAAAAGUCUAUUGCGGUUCCAGACAAUCUGCAAACCCAUGUAUAGACUUAUCAGAGACCCUGCAUUUGUAAAGAAGCAUAUUGAACAUGCGAUACAAAAUGGCACGUCGACUUUUCUGAUUUUUCAGUAUUUCAUGCCUACAAGGAUGGAAAUGAAUGGAUUUUACUCUAUCGAUCAUACUUCGCUAUCAUCACAACUAUUAUCAUCAAUAAGAGUGUGUUUACGCACUACUGAACCUGGUAACGAGGAUUCCAUUUGCCUUGGGAAUCCGUCGACCAAAGAGUACAAAAAGCUUCCUGAUUCGCCAAACCACUUCAGUAGCUCUACUGAGGGCAUCGAGAUUGGGUUGUGCGGGCUUGGCUAUGAUGAUAAAGCUAAUGAUUUCAAAGUCAUAAGAGUCGCUGAAAUUGAUUCGCGUGCUGAUUGUUUUGAUGAUUCUAGUAAUUGGUCUGAAACCGAGAUCGGUACAAUCAGACCGCGUUCUGGUCAUGUUGAGGUCUCUACGAGAAGAUCACAGUCUGUUUUUGAGAUCUACUCACUGAGAUCUAAUUCGUGGAAAGGAUUGAAAACAACGCCAUACUAUUUUCCUGGUGAAUUAAAACCUGGGGUGAUGGUGAAUGGAUUUAUGCACUGGUGGGCUAUUAAUCGAAUUGCUGGCUAUGAAGCCAUAAUCUAUUUCGAUUUUAGCGACGAGAUAUUCAAAGAGGUGGCAGUACUAGAAGGACCCAUGUUACAUGAUGGAGAAGUUGCUGAUAGUGAGUAUGAAAAUAAUAACGUGGGUGUGCUAGGAGGGUGCUUGUGUGUCCUUCAUAAAACCUUCGAUCGAGUUGAUGUGUGGGUAAUGCAGGAGUAUGGAGUAAAAGAAUUGUGGACGAAACGCUUCACAACUACCGAAGAUUCUAUUAUUGAAACGAGUACCUUGAGAGUAAUUUCUGACUUUCAGGAUGGGAGCAUUCUUUUCAGUACCGAUGAUUCGUUGGUUUAUUGUCCACUACUUUCUAAGCAGGACAACAGAUCCACCUUGUGUACCACCACUACUGAUCACUAUGUUGGCAUUGCCAAAUGCAUUUUGAGAAGCCAACCAACUGCAUCUGAUGGGAUAGCUAGCUCGAUUUACAGCCGAACCCAGGCUACUGGAACCGUCCCAGAUGAAUCGAAGCCCGAAAGCCUGAAAUCAUAA